UUUCAACAUUUUGAGGAAAACUUUGGGUUCAUUCCUGGGGAAUGGUUCUGAUGAGGACUUCCCACCUGACGAUUGAAGGUUUCUUCAAAACACCAGUGCUGCAAACUAACCAAUAAAGGAGAAUGGAAGUUUGAAGAAAAGCAUUGAAGAAUGAGCAGAGAACAUAGCAGUGUGGUGAAGGCGUGGGAGGCCACGGUCAGGAAGACCCAGGCCGCCGCAAAGAGGCGCGCACACAGCAUUUUCGGGACAAUUUCUGUGGCCCAUGCAGACGAUGAGGAAGAGGAGGAAAGCCAAGAAAGUGGACGUGGAACAGGGGAAAUGUACCAUGCAGAGAGAGUUCUAUGUAAUGGGGAUUAUUAUACUGGCCAUUGGGCUGACAACUUCCCACAUGGCCAUGGGAAAUAUCUGUGGACAGAUGGGUGCAUGUACGUUGGAGAAUGGUUUAGGGGCAAAACCAUGGGGAAAGGUAAGUUCAGUUGGCCUUCUGGGGCUACCUAUGAAGGGGAAUUCAAGAGUGGUUACAUGGAUGGCAAGGGCACCUAUACUGGGAACAAUGGGGAUACCUAUAGGGGUCAGUGGGUAAUGAACUUAAGGCAUGGCCGUGGUAUUAAAAGUUAUGUCAAUGGAGAUUUGUAUGAUGGGGAAUGGCGACGUGGGUUGCAAGAAGGCCAUGGGAAAUAUCAAUGGAAGAACGGGAAUCAAUAUAUAGGUGAAUGGAAGAAUGGGGUUAUUUGCGGUAAGGGGACAAUGAUUUGGACGAGUGGGAAUCGGUAUGAUGGGUACUGGGAAGAUGGGUUACCUAAGGGAAAUGGAACUUUCAGAUGGGCAGAUGGGAGUUUCUAUAUGGGCAACUGGAGCAAGGAUCCUGAUGAACAAAAUGGGACUUAUUAUCCAUCCGGGGUGUCGCCAGAGGCAACUCUUGAAUGGGAUCCUCAACAGGUGUUCAACGUUGAUUUGAGUGAUUGUAAGAUUUGUCCUGGGGAGAAGGUCUCUAUAAUGCCAUCACAGAAGAAGCUUGCUGUUUGGAGGUCUUCAAAGGCUGUAGAUUCAAGUGUUAGGCCAAGGAGAAUGUCGGUGGAUGGGAGGGUAAGUCCAGGUGCAAUGAAUAUGUGGGACGAUGGGGAUUGUAGUUUUGAUAGUACUGAUGGUGAUUCAAUAAUGGGAAAUUUUGAUGAGAGUCUGCUGGACGCUGGGCAGCAGAAUAGACCACCAAGGAUCGUAAAAAGACAAGGAGAGACAAUUUCGAAGGGCCACAAAAACUAUGAAUUGAUGCUUAAUCUGCAGUUGGGAAUUAGGCAUUCUGUUGGAAGACCUGCUCCAGUGGCAUCCCUUGAUUUGAAGGCUUCAGCUUUUGACCCUAAGGAAAAAGUAUGGACAAGAUUUCCUCCUGAAGGAUCCAAAUACACUCCACCCCACCAGUCCUCUGAAUUUAAAUGGAAGGAUUACUGCCCUUUAGUUUUCAGGACUCUAAGGAAGUUGUUCAAGGUGGAUCCAGCUGAUUACAUGAUAUCCAUAUGUGGAAACGAUGCCCUUCGAGAACUCUCUUCUCCAGGGAAAAGUGGAAGCUUCUUUUACUUGACCAAUGAUGAUCGGUACAUGAUAAAAACAAUGAAGAAAUCAGAAGUAAAGGUGCUUCUAAGGAUGCUUUCUGCCUAUUAUAACCAUGUUCGAGCCUUUGAGAAUACCCUAGUGACCAAAUUUUAUGGUCUGCAUUGCGUGAAGUUAACUGGGCCUACCCAGAAGAAGGUUCGCUUUAUCAUUAUGGGGAAUCUUUUCUGUUCUGAAUAUACCAUUCAUAGACGUUUUGACUUGAAAGGGUCUUCCCUUGGCCGCACAACUGAUAAGGCUGAGGCAGAGAUUGAUGAAACUACUAUCCUCAAAGACCUUGAUCUUAACUUUAUAUUCCGACUGCAGAAAUCAUGGUUCCAAGAGUUCCGCAGGCAAAUUGAUAGGGACUGUGAGUUUCUCGAACAGGAGAGAAUUAUGGACUAUAGUCUUCUGGUGGGGCUUCAUUUCCUAGAGAAAUCAAUGGCUGGGGAUUUGAUUCCCUCUGGAGCUAGAACCCCUAUUGGUGACUCAGAGCCUGAAGGAGCCCCUCAGCUUUCCAGGGUAGACAUGGAUCAGCUUCUUGUAGACCCCUCAUGGUGGGCUAGCGUUAAAUUGGGGCAGAACAUGCCUGCACGGGUGGAGAAGACGGUGAGAAGAAAUGACUGGGAAUUUCAACAAACAGGGGAACCAACUGGGGAGUUUUUUGGAGUUGUGAUGUUCUUUGGUGUCAUUGAUAUACUUCAAGAUUAUGACAUUAGCAAGAAGCUUGAGCAUGCAUACAAGUCCAUCCAAUAUGAUCCAACCUCAAUAUCAGCUGUUGAUCCAAAACAAUAUUCAAAGCGGUUUCGUGAUUUUAUAUUCAAAAUUUUUGCUGAAGAUCCUUGAAAGCUUAGCGCCUAAGCCACCUCUCACUCUCUUCUCAGUGUUGCUGGUGGUUUCGCUGGGUUGCCUGAUGAGCAUGCCCUGUAUAUUCACAGGUCUACUGACCAGCAAAGAAGUACCAUUGUGGCUGUUAACUCCACCUACUGGAGUUGAGUCUUUGGGUAACUUGCAUUGGUCUUUCCCUUCCCCAUUCUAUGCUUUCCUUCUUUCUAUAUAAUUGCUAAAGAUAUACCAUGUUUUGGUAAAGUUAUAGAAAAUGUUGUAAACAUAAGCAGCAGAAAUUAAUUGUCAUCCAACUGUAAAGGAUAUCCCAAGGAUGUAAACAUGUAUCACGAUAUAUUCAAUUUUCAACCAAUUCUUUUCUCGGGGACUCAUAAA